UCCAAUCAGUUUUUGAACCGAACUAGCCGUGUUUCAAGAUCUGAGCAUUCGCCAUGAGAUUCACCACUAGUUCACUUUCCCUUUUCUUUUUUAUUCUAGGCGCUUCGGCGUCACCACUUAUUACAGGGGAUGUGGUGACGGAUGAAGAACGUAUUUUAGGAGGAACUAAAGCCACAGAGGGCGAAUUUCCAUACAUCGUUUCCAUUACAACGAACGGCGAGCAUAUCUGUGGUGGGUUCAUUUACAAUCAACGUUUCAUUGUCACGACAGCUUCAUGCGUCCUAAAUUUGGUGCCAUUUGAUGUUACGAUAGUUGUCGGUCAAGUGUCGCUGAUUUUCAAUGAUCAGUACGAGCGUCGCUACCAAGUCGUGAGCAUCAUCCCUCACGAAAAUUAUGAUCCUGUCCUCGGUGUAAAUAAUCUUGCAGUCAUUGAGACAUCGAGUUCAAUUGCAUUCACUCCUGGUCAUGUUGAGUAUAUAUACUACAACGAAGAUAACAUGACAGUAGGAGCUACCAUCAUGGGCUGGGGAACUACCCAGGAGGAGGGAUUACCUUCAGUUGAUUUGUUAAAGGCAAACGUCACGAUAUCGACCGACUGCGUCGUUUAUGGUAGCGAAGAGUAUCAACCAAACUACAUGAUUUGCGCAGGAAGUCCGACAGCCAGUCCUUGCCAUUAUGACGAUGGCUCACCCCUUGUACAAGGCAACAUAGUAGUCGGUGUUGCAGCGAGAAAUACCGGAUGCGGUGCAAAUUUUUUGCCAACUCUGUACACCCGGUUGUCUUCCUAUUACGCCUGGCUGAACAGGAACGCCGGCCUGCAACCACCAAUGUCUGGCUAACGGAAUUUGUAUCCUGAAAAAAUAAAGAAAAUGAAUGGAAUCCUUAAGUAAAUCCUUGUCAAAUUUUACAAUGUAAAUAAAACGACAUGAAAUAGAA